ACAAUUGCGCACACAAGCAGUAGCAGCCAUCCACAAAGUUUACUGAAGCAGCCAACGCUUCUUGUGUCAAGAAACAAUGUUGUUCAGCAACAGAGCAGAGUAUCAGUCUUACCAAAAGUCAACAUCAAAGUUGAAUCAGGUUUCUCUUUGCCUCCCACACCACCAUCUUCAACAACCAGUGACAGUGAGGGAAAUGACCACCAUCCAUCCUCACCAUCCAACCGUCAGUCGUCACAAGUCAGUAGUCGGUUGCUGGUGUCUCCUCCUCCUAGUACGUCAACAAGACAACCAAUCCAGACAUCACUGAUCAGCAGCCAACCUAAAGGAUCCACAGGCAUGCUAAUGCUGACAGAGGAGGAAAAGCGCACCCUCUUAGCUGAAGGAUACCCAAUUCCUACUCGACUACCACUCACAAAAGCAGAGGAGAAAUCUCUGAAAAAAAUAAGAAGAAAAAUUAAGAAUAAGAUCUCAGCCCAGGAAAGUCGAAGGAAAAAGAAAGAAUACAUGGACGCCCUGGAAAGAAAAGUCGAAAUAUUACAAAGUGAAAACUCGGAAUACCGAAAGAAGAUUGAGAACUUGGAAGAUAGUAAUGAUUCCCUGAUCAGCCAACUUAAUAAACUCCAAGCCCUUGUAGCUCGUGCUGCAAAUAGUGGCAAUGCCAGUGCUGUGGCUGCAGCUGCAGCAGCUGCUGCAUCAUUUAACUCAAGGAACUCUGUUCGACAUUCAGAAUCAGUCUCACAUUCGUCGUUGGGCUCUCACUCAUUUAGCAGGAGCUCUGUAAAGUGAAUGUCUUAUUGACAAUUCUCCUCGCGCUUGUAAUUAUGGGUAAUUUGUUAAUGAUGGGGAUUAACGGAUGGCGUCUAAUCUUCAACAAGCAACCAUUCUGUAGAAAUUGUGUGCUGUUUUAUUUCAAGCCCAUCAAGUUUCCCUCUACAUUUUCUUAUUUUUCUUUUUAUGUGUAUAGAAAUGUUUAUCUUUGCCUCCAUAGCUAAAUGUUUUCAAAUUUAAAUGAUAAAUUCUAUGAAUUGAGAGCUAUUUGAAAUUGAGAUUGUUGAAUGAUUUUAUUGUUUUUAGUUUGUUAAAUUAAGUCAUAGUUUUAAGAGUUAAAGCAAUGAAAGAUGAGGUAUUUAUGUAACAAUAGUAUGCAUUAAGUUUUGUAUAUAUUUUAUAUUUUUCACGCACAAAGCAUAACUGAAUCUGUAGCACAGAGUUGGUUUCAACGCAUUUAUAUUAUAGAUUACUGCUUGGUUGUUUGAGUAACUUUGUUUCCAGCUCUUGACAGACAGUUGUUAAUCUUUCAAUUUUAUGCUGAUGUUGACAUUUUUCUUAUUCUAUCCUUAUAAUAAUAUGUAAUAUAUCUUUAUGAGAAACUUGUAAUUUUAUGUGUUCUAUUGGAUUUUUAUUUGAACUUAAUGUGUUAUAUAGAGAAAUUUUAACUUCUUAUUCAAAUGUAUAGUACAAGUGAGAACUGAGAGCUUUCUUGGAGUAUUAAAUAUUUAUAAAUUCAGAUUUUUAUACUUUUAGGGUAGUAAGAAAUGAAUCAGCAUUAUAACGACUCUAGUUGGGUCAGGAAUACUCAAAACCCCUUUUGGUCCUCUUGAAGAGCACCUUUAAGGAAUUUUAUAGCUCAUGUGGAAAAUGUACCAAAUGCACACUUCUAGAUGUAGUACUUCAAAUCGUUCCAAUUUUUCAGUUACAAUAUAUGUAUUUAGUGUGCUAUCAAUACCAACUGUGACCAUUGUUGCAGUACUUUGUAAUGUUCCUCUCGUUUUUCUCAGAACUGGAGGUUUUUCAUAUUAGACCGUCACUUUCAGAGACUUUCCGUGUUAGUGGGUCCACAAACGCCUGAAGCAAACCAGCUCAGGGUGGCCAAGUCUUGAAGAACGUGCAUCUGGAAAAAAGUUCCAAUUGGGAUCAGUCAGUUCGUUAAUGCUGCAUUUGUGUGCUCUUUGAUGUUGAGAUGGAUAUCAAACAUUUGAGACAAAAAGAACAUAUAUUGACUAAACUGGUUUUAACUUUUUUCCCUUCUACGAAGAUUGUCCAAAAAUUUUGUAGUUCAAUUGAGUGUGAUGGUUCUCUAGAUUGUUGGACAAAAAACAGUGUGAUAUUGCUUUUGUUUUUUGUCAACAUUCUCGAGGGGAGAAGGUUAUCAUACCAUUCUAGUGCAAUAGACAGCAUUCACUGUUUGAAGAUGCUAUGCUUUAA